AACGGCCCGCGCAGCCGCCCUCGCUCCGCCCCUCGCAGCGCUGCGCUUCCGCUUCCCGGUGCGGGGCCGCGGGGCUCGGCUCCGCUUCCCGUUCCCCCGGCCAUGGCGAGCUACACCAAGGCGGCUCAGCAAUGGGCUACUUUUGCCAGAGCGUGGUACCUCCUCGAUGCGAAGAUGCAACCACCGGGAAAAAUAGCAGCCAUAACCAUAAGAAGGCUGGAAGGCAGGCAUAAGCCUAUUUACCACGCGCUCAAUGACUGCGGAGAUCAUGUUGUCAUAAUAAAUACAAGACAUAUUGCCUUUUCUGGUAACAAGUGGGAACAGAAAGUAUACUCCUCACAUACUGGUUAUCCUGGUGGUUUCAAACAGGUGACAGCAACUCAGCUCCAUUUGAAAGAUCCAACUGCUAUUGUCAAACUGACUAUUUAUAGGAUGCUUCCAAAAAACCUUCUGAGAAGAACUUUGAUGCAGAGGUUGCACCUGUUCCCUGAAGAUGUUAUCCCAGAAGAUAUAGAGAAGAACCUUCUACAAGAGAUUCCUCAGCCACGCGUAGUCCCCAGGAGGUUAGAUGAGUACACACCAGAAGAAAUUGCUGCCUUUCCAAGGGUUUGGACUCCGCCUAAAGAUUUUCGAAUGAAGUAAUAGAAAGAAAAAUUGCUAUCAGGAAUGCCCGUCCUCCUUGGAAAAGAAUUCUUUCAUGGCAGAAGAACUCAUCUGUGCAUCUCAGUUAUCCCUUGAAUGCAGAAAGCUUCUGGCAGGUAUUAGCAAAUCUUAUUGCGAAAGACUGUAAAAAUGGUUGUAUUUAAAGCAACUAAGGAUGGAUGUUACGUUACUCACGUGACCUGUGUUCCAUGUUGUGUGUUAUCUGUUAAUUAAAUUCCUUUUAUUGCUAUUAUUAAACAA